AUGAAUGGCCACCACCAAAGCAAUGGUAGCUCCUGUCCUCCGACAUCCUACCAAUCCCUUCCUUACGAGAUCAUAUGCGAGAUCAUUAGCUACAUAAGCUCCCAGGGUGCCCUGCACGCCGCAAGUCUUGUAUCUCAUCGAUACAAUGCCGCCGCAAAUCCGGCUCUCUAUCGACAACCGAAGCUGACAUCAUCGAUUAUCGAUGCAUUCGUUCUUUCCGUCGCUCCGACUGUCUUCCCUCCUCCCAAGAAGAAUGUGAAUUCCAGAGAAUACCACCUUGCCGACCUAGUUACAACCCUCGACCUUUCGCCGCUGUUGUAUAGUGAUAACCUGAGGACCUCAAUCGCCCGUUUACUCACUCAUUGUCGGAAUAUAACCUCCCUCACCGGGUCGCAAAAGUCGUUUAAUGGCGUCGCUCUCCGUGCCCUCCGACAUAGCACAAAGCUAACCCACCUCAACUUAACUCCCUGUCAAGACUCCUGCGACCUCCAGGACUUCUUCCACACUCUCGCCCAACUACCACAUCUGAUAACCCUAAACUUCCCACCCGGUGGAAUGUUCUCCUCCAGUUCUCGACAAAGCGCUCGAUCACCUCAAACUAUCACCCCGGCCAUCCCAACCGUCAAAAGCACUUUCGUCUAUCCAGCUCUCCUACAAUCCCUCUCCGUCUGCGGUUGUAUCAUAGACUCCACAAUAUUAGCAUCAGGUUCCCCACCAACAACCAUAACCUCAUUUUCCGCCUCCCAUCUACCCUUCGUCCGUAUGGGUGCACUAAGAACAUACAUCAACAUGCUCGCCCCGCAAUUGACAAGCCUCUCGGUCCUUCAUCCGAUUCCACAUCUUCCCCACAACUUCCUUGAUAAAAUCCUUAUAUCAUGUCCACAUCUACUAUGUCUUACAGCAUCGGUAGAUUUCAUGACUGCUCACAUCUUCGAUGAGGAAAACUGUGUAGCAGAACAUCCAAUAGAACGUAUCGAUCUAGAUUGUUCAGGCGGAAUGGGCAGCGAGUUCAAAAUAUCAAGCGACGAUAUUAGCAUCGCAUUGAUGGAAGGACGGUUAAGGCGGUUAAGGGUCGUACGGGCGAGUAAAAGACUCGGUUGGGCUAGAAGAAGCGAGGAGAAGAAAAGAGUAGAAGACCUGGCAGAGUUACUAAUCAUGGAUCGUAGUGGGUUCGGUGAAGAAAACGAGGAGGAAGGGUCACAGGAAGAUGAUGAUAUGAGAAGCGAAUAUGUGAUGGUUGAGAAGGAAGAUCCAGUUGUGGACAUUCUGGGAACGGAUGAUGAUGAUGAUAAUGUUGAGGAUGAGCUCAGUCGUAAGUUUGCAGGCGUUUAUAUUUUUUGA